CGAGACCGCAGCUCUUAGUCCUGCUACCCACACGCUCUCGAUCCCCGGGCACCCUGCUCGGCAACCCCACCCCGUGGUCACUUUGGCCCUCGGGGGAAGCCAGAGGCCAGGAGAAGUCGCCAGGGACUACUUCGCCUCCUCCUGCGGGAGCCCCCGGUUCGGGCAGCAGCAGCCGCGGCGGCGGCGGCGGAAGGAGCGGGCGGCGUGAGCGCUUCCGCCGCCCCCCUCGCGACUCCCCUCUGGCGGGUGUGGGGAGGUGAGGUGCUGGCCCGCGGAGCUGCUGCUGGGCACCGGCUAGUGGGGGACUUGCGGCCGUUCUCCUCGCUCUCAAGCUGCUUCUCCGAGCCCUGCUCCCCGGGAGUGGCUGCUCUUCGUCGGCCCGGGUGGGAGCGAUCGGCUUGGUUGCCACCGCCGCACACGCUCCCCGCCGCCCCCUCUUCCCCCUCUGGAGUCGUCCCGGCUGGAGCGUGUCUGGAGGAAUCCGCCACCACAGGCCCCUCGCCCGGUUCCGCUGGUUCUUGAGGACCGCCCCACUUGCUGCCGGGGGCUGAGCGGGUAGCCUGCAGCGAGGCGGGAGAUGGUGGGGUGGGCUCCGGUAGGACCGCGCCGCCGCUGCCUGGAGCCUGGGCUCGGCACCCUCCUGCCGGCCCCCACCAAGCCGAGCUCUGCUUCCUCCUCGCCGCAUCCCUGAGGGAAGCGCCGCCUCUGCUCUGGGCUUCUUCGCUCGCCCGCCCGCUCGCCCGCUCCUUCCCUGCCGGACACCGCCGCACUCCACCCCAGUGGCGGGAGGAGCAGCUCUCCAGUCAGCCCUUGCAGCCCCCCUUUCUUUUUUCCUUUCCACGAACCCUCCCCGGCCUCCUCGGAUCACUUGGCUGGGCACUGAGGCGAGGGAAGAAGAGGCUGGGGUCGCCACGGUGGAGGUUGUUACCGCCACCCCCCUGCGGGGGUGGCCAGGGUUCCCGGCUGGGGGGGCACCGUUCUGGGUGAGGCAUCCACCAUGGUGAGGCCCCUGAGCCGCUGCCCCCUCGCCCCCCCGGCCGUCUCUGCCUCCUGCCCCUCGGUGCUGCUGCUGCUCCUCCGCCUACUGUUGCUCCUCCAUCUCCAGAUCGGAUCACGGUGAGGGAAAGAUGAGCGAGGAGACGGCGACUUCUGACAACGAUAAUAGUUAUGCACGAGUGCGAGCUGUGGUGAUGACCCGGGAUGACUCAAGUGGUGGCUGGUUACCGCUUGGAGGGAGUGGACUGAGCUGCGUCACUGUCUUCAAAGUCCCUCACCAGGAAGAGAAUGGCUGUGCUGACUUUUUUAUCCGUGGAGAGCGACUCAGGGACAAAAUGGUGGUUUUGGAAUGUAUGCUUAAAAAGGAUCUCAUUUACAAUAAGGUCACUCCAACAUUUCACCACUGGAAGAUUGAUGACAAGAAAUUUGGCCUUACCUUUCAAAGUCCUGCUGAUGCGAGGGCUUUUGAUAGAGGUAUUCGAAGAGCUAUAGAGGACAUUUCUCAAGGAUGCCCAGCAUUAAAAAAUGAAACUGAAGGAGCAGAAGAUGACUUACAAGCAACUGAAGAGGAUACUCCCAGUUCUCUAGUGAAAGAUCAUCUUUUCCAGCAAGAGACAGUUGUUACCAGUGAGCCUUAUAGAAUCUCAAGACCUUCUCCCUUUGAAGAUUUGAAUGCUAGAAGAGUCUACUUGCAAAGCCAAGCCAAUCAGAUAACGUUCAGUCAUCCAAGCCUAGAUAUUCAGGGCAGAAGUAUAGAAUAUGUACAGCGACAAAUAUCCAAGGAAUGUGGAAGCCUAAAGUCCCAAAAUAGGGUCCCUGUGAAAUCAAUCCGACAUGUCAGCUUUCAAGAUGAGGAUGAGAUUGUCAGAAUAAACCCUCGAGAUAUCUUAAUACGUCGCUAUGCAGACUACAGACAUCCUGACAUGUGGAAAAAUGACUUGGAGAGAGAUGAUACUGACUCCAAUAUUCAGUUUUCUAAACCAGACAAUAAAAAAUCAGACUAUCUAUACUCUUGUGAGGAUGAGACUAAGUUAAGUUCACUCAAAGACUCUGUGGCACUUAAGACACAGCCCUCCUCUUUAAAAUCUAAGAAGUCAAAACGAAGAAAAGAAGAUGGUGAACGUUCUCGCUGCGUAUACUGCCAGGAAAGGUUUAAUCAUGAAGAAAAUGGCAGGGGAAAAUGUCAGGAUGCUCCAGACCCUAUUAAAAGAUGCAUAUAUCAAGUUAGUUGCAUGCUCUGUGCUGAGAGCAUGCUGUAUCAUUGUAUGUCAGACUCAGAGGGAGAUUUUUCUGAUCCAUGUUCAUGUGACACUAGUGAUGACAAGUUCUGCUUACGAUGGUUAGCCCUAGUAGCUUUGUCUUUCAUUGUACCAUGUAUGUGCUGCUACGUCCCUUUGAGAAUGUGCCAUCGUUGUGGUGAGGCAUGUGGGUGUUGUGGUGGGAAACAUAAAGCUGCUGGAUGAAAGGAUCCAGUGCCGAAAUGAGCUUAAAAUCUUUGUUUCCAGGAACUAGCUAACUUGGAUUUGUGGACGCUUUUGGCAAGCAAUAUGAAAUCUUGCCUGGUGUCGUAGGGGCCACACGUGCAGGAAGCAGAACUCAUCAGUUCUUGGCAUUUCACACAUGCUAGCCAUGCCUAACUUUUCCCUUGAGCGCAUGGCACGUUUUGUUACAGGUUGUAAAAAGUAUUUGUGAAGGGAAACCAUUUCUGGUUAUUGGCUAUUAAAAGUGAGCCUAAAAUAUGAUGCAACUAAGCGGGAUUGAUUUUUGGCAUUUUUGUAUAUUUAUGCAUUAGGUGAUGGGACUUUUAAAGGUUUGAAUUCAUUAAGAUACGAACUAAAAGUGCACUAGGGGACAGCUGAUUUCAGUCUAAGAAAAGUUAACAUUUGGGAAUUAUAAGAAGUUAAACAAGUGCAACUAAACAUUUAUUGUUUUUUUGAAAGCAGUUUUAUGUAUAAAUAACAAAUGUUUAUAUUUAACUAAAUAUAAGGUACGAAUUAUGACAUAUUAAACUUUUCUUCCCUUCCUAGUUCGGAAGUAGAUGUACAUAUAUCUACUGUCACAUUCCAUUAUAUUUUGGAUAUUUUACUCAUCUAGUUAAUAAUGUUUUUAUUCCAUGUGAAUGAUUUGAUAUUUUCACCCUCAUUUUCCCUUUGGCUAUGGUUCAUAUUGAGUUAUGUCUGUACAUUCUGGUAAUCUAAAAUUCUUAAAAAUAUUCUAAUAGCCUUGAGUGACCAACUUUUUUUUAAAGCACAGAUGUAAUUGUCUAAUGUUCUGAUGGGAACAUAACACUUAUUUUUAUAUAAAAAGAGACUGAGUAAACAUAGAAAAAAGGUUUUGGGGUUGUUGUUUUGUUUUUUGUGGUAUUCAACCAGCAAGUUGUUUUCUUUCAGAUUUUCCUCCUUCAAAAAAAAUUAUAUUGCAUUUACAAAUAUUUUACAAGGCAAAAAAGUGUAACUGGAUAGUUUAGUGUAAGAGUUUUCUCCUAAGAUCUCCAUUUAUCAUUCCAGUAAACCAGAAUUUGUUCAGCUGUGUUACUAAUUUUUUGUCUUAAUCCUCAGUCCUUAUUAUUUACAUAAUAAUAAUAGCUUUUAUGUUAAAGUGUGUGCUAAGCUAUCCCAAUAUAAUCCAACUUAGUGAAUGAAAUAUCCUGUGCAUACAAAUUUAUUUCUUUUUCAGAGUAUUGUAUUAAUGGAUGUUUUAUUUACAAAGUUGUUGGAUAAAUGUUCCAACAAAUUGUUUGAAGUACUUUGGGAUCAAAUUCUCUCUCUUUUGUUUUUAAGUGUUAACAUUUAAACUCUAAUUAGGUAAGGGGUUCUUUAAAAACAUUCCCUUAGAGGGAUAAAGAUGAGAACCAUGCCUUUUUUUUUUUUUUUUAAUGGCUUGUAGUUUCAGAAGUGAUAAGCAUUAAAAUCACACUACCAUUUGAAGCUCAUGUUCUACACAAGUGUUUAAGUGUCAUUCAUGUAUCAUUCCUUUCACACUCACAGUUAAGCUUGUUACCUGUCUUUUGCCCUAGAUCGAACCGAACAAUGUAUAUAACACUGUCUGUAAAAUACUUUUUUUAAGAAAGCAUUUAUAUUUAUAUGACAGCUUGAACUGACAACAUUGUGUGUAUAGAUCAUCUUGAAGUAUUAUUUCACAUUGAAAAGAAGAAAAAUAUAUUGAUAACUAUAGAUGUUAUGAAGAAGAGGUUAUUUCUAGUUUUGUACUAAAAAUCAAUUGGAUGAACUAAAUCCAAACGUGACACAUGACACAGUAGUAGCAGUUUUAAGUCUUAUUUUUACUGUUUAUAUAUCGGGGACACUGCUACACCAGAUGAUCUUCAUCCCUGAAGUUUUCAGCUAAACUUGGUUACCUAGGAUAGACUGUUAACUUUCAAAUUAAUUUUUAUUGGUGGAAUGGAAAUAAUUGGUUUUCCUUGUGAAUAAAUUUUCAUAUUUGUAAGUGUGGAGCUUAUAAUUCAGGUUUGAGCAAGGUGUGAAUAACUGAAGAAAAUAACUUGCUGGCUAUAUAGGAAAAUGCUGUGGAAGUGAACUAUGUACAUACUUCUAGGAAGAACAAAUAUAAUAAUCAUUUCUCUGUUAAGCACUAAUCGGUAUAGUGCAACUCCUGGUUCUGUACUGUAUUUUAUAUGCAACAUAUAUGCUUUAAUAUUUUAAUGUUUGUGCAUUAAUAUUUUCAAAUUGUUUUAACCACUUUGCUGCUAAGACUUUGCCGUCCUAUCCCCAUUUUUUCCUUUACAAUUUUAAACAAGUUUCUUCAUUAAAAACUAUGGUGAUAAAGUGGUUUUUAUUUUACCUUGGAUCUUUAUAAUUAACACACCCAGUUUCCAAAUUGGUCCAGAAGACUAACUAGUUAAUAUAAUGUUAUCUGAAUCCCUAUGUGGAAAGUUUUCUCUUGAGUAAAUUACAAUUAUAAUGUGAAAACUAAUGGGUGGUUUAAAUUUCUUGUUUUAAAUGUAUAUAGGUAUGUUCAAGGACGUUUUCUCAUUCUGCAUACAGAUUUGGCACUACUUAGUUGGCUUUUCCUUUAAAACCUUUCUCUGUUUUUAAUCUGGUAGUAUAAGCAAAUGGCUAAACAAAAUGGCCUAAGUAAUAAAUACUGAAAAUGAAAUCAUCUUGAUGGCAUGAUAAGAAACACCUUGGUCUGAUGGCUUAUUGUGUUCAGACCUGAUCAUUUGUAAAUGAUUUUUCUCCUGCCUUGAAGGUGGUGGGGGCCUGAGGCGAGGGAAUCUUGAUUUCUGAAGAAAUGUGACGUAUGGGACUUCAGCACCACCUACUGGAUGAUUUAUAGGCCAAACGUGAGGUGGCUGUUGGGAUCUGACAGGGUUCAUCACCAGUAAAGGGCAAUUUAAGUGGUGGCCACCGCCAAAUGGAGAAAGCAGGAGCCGGAAAUAUCUUAAAAAACAAAAAAAACUGUAAAAGGAAUCUUUUCUCUAAUGUGUCUUGGUUGCUGAAAGAUUUCAAGCACUUUUUUUCUUACAUAUUCUGUAUUAAAAUAUUUAUUGAUAUUUGAAACUGGCAAUCAAACUUAAUUAAUGGAUAUGCCGAAGCAUUUAUAGAACCAAUUCUUUUAACUUGCUAAAGCCAUUACCAAAAUGGUAUUUUUAUUUUUCCUCCCAUUGCUAGUCAGGGAGAACUUUUUAAAAAAAAUAAACAUCACCUGUAUUACAUCAAGACAAUGUCAGAGGGAGUGUGUGUUUAUGUCUCUGGGAUGCUGGGGCAGGGGUUAAAAUAUAAAGGGGAAAACUUGGAACUACCUAUUUUCAUUGGCUAUUCAGCAGUGCCUAAUAUGAACUUAAUUCACAAUGCACUUUCAAUUCUUGUUAUAGUGCCAUCUGAUAGGUAAGUCUUGCCUUUUAUUUUUCUCCCUCAUUCAACUCCUAUUGCCAUUUAAUUGAACACCACAAAGAUAUUUCUUAAUAUCCGUGUAAGUCAUUGAAGUACAGGAAACAGUACUUUCCUCCAGAUUCAAAGAACCUUAAGGAUGUUUCUUAUGUUGACAUUGGUUUUCAGUCUUGUGAUUGCACUUUAAGGUAUGUGUUUAAGAUUGGAUUUUUAAUUUUAGCCCAAAAAAGCAUUACGCAGGUAUAACAUUUUUCUACAUAAAACUUGAAACCUUAGUUACCUGAAAAACAAAAUCUUGACUAAAUAUUCUCUUAUUUGGGCCUUCAGAAUCACAUUUCUAAAUAUAAAACAAAGCACUAGAAAUUGCAUCAUUGUUGCACCUAAAAAAAUGGUGUGUAAACCACGAUAAUCAUGGCACCAUAAGGUGUUUGCAGUAAAUCAAAACAUUUUAAAAAAUCACAACCUGAGGUGAUUUAUAUAAACCAAAAAAAAGGGCUUUAAGGUAUUAAGGUACUGUUUGCCUAGCAGCCAGGUGGUUAUAAAACUUUCAUAUGCUUUCAUUUACUGAUGAUGUUAGCCAUUGUUUCUAAAAGCUCCUUAAAUUGCGUAGGUUGCUAGUUUUGAACUUUUUCAGAAGUAAUCUAGUUGAAAAGCUUUUGUAUUAAAGAUACACGUAGAUUUUUGUGAACAUUGCCAGUGUGUAGUGUCAUUUGCUUUACUCUUGACCUCAAAAGUGCCUCACUUGUAUAUUGCUUCCAUUAAAAGCUUGACUGCAUUCUUUCUAAUAAGCAGUGAAGUAUUGUUUAACUCAUGUCAUGAUGUAUCUCCGUAGAUAUAGUUGACUAGCUUGGUAGUUUUUGGGUAUAUAAUGUAAAUAUGCAUAUAUAAGUUUGUAACUGUUUUUGUUACAUCAUACCCAUGUAAU